AUGACCUCUCAAAUUCAAGGCAUUGCAUUCAUCACUGGAGGUGCUUCAGGAAUCGGCAAGAGCACUGCCUUCGCCUUGGCCCGCAAUGGCAUCAAGGGACUGGCUCUUCUGGAUCUGAACGUCUCGUUGCUCGAAGAUGUUCGGAGCGAGAUCCAAAGUCAGUAUCCAACGGUGGACGUUGAGAUCUUCCAGGUGAAUGUAGCAGAUGAAUCAUCGGUCAAUACUGCUGUUCAAAAGACGGUCGAAAGAUACGGUCGCAUCGAUAUUGGCGUCAACUGCGCUGGAAUCAGCGGAACUCCGACUUCCACUCAUCAGAUGUCCUUGGAAGAAUGGAGGAAAGUCAUUGAUAUCAACCAAACAGGAGUAUGGCUUUGCCAGAGGGCUUUGAUCCGGCAGAUGCUGUCACAGGAAUCGCGUGGUCUUCGCGAGGGCCGAGGAGUAAUUGUCAACGUAUCCUCCAUGUUUGGGAUUGGUGGUCCACCAGGUCCCUUCGGUAUUCCUCACUACACUGCAGCAAAACAUGCGGUUGUUGGACUGACCAAAAUGGAUGCCAAGGCAUACUCCAAAGACGGCAUUCGUAUCAAUGCUAUCUGUCCUGGCUUUGUGGACACGCCGAUCAUCAAAGAGCAAAUUGAAUCUGGGUCAAUGGAUGCCCAGUUCCAGAUGACACCCAUUGGUCGCCCCGCGCAGGUCGAGGAAAUCUCGGAUGUGAUGCUGUUCCUGUGUUCAGUUUCAAGCAGUUACAUGUGUGGAGCAGCCUUGGUGGUUGAUGGAGGAUUUACAGUCUGA